AUGAACAACAGCUAUAUUUCAUCUUUCUCCAAUGAUUAUCCUUUCGAAUAUUCUUCACCAUUAAUAUCUACAUAUUAUUAUUCAUCAUCUACUCCUUGUCCUAUUCAUUCGUCUUAUCCAAUCUAUUCAUCUCCAACACAGUCAAUUAAUACAUCUUCCCCUACAUAUUCACAUUAUCGACAACAAAUACAAACAUUCUUUCCUUCUGUUGAACAACCUACUACUACUACUACUUUUGAUAUUGCUGAUCGAACACCACUUCGUCAACAUAAAUGUUUUAAGAAGAAUGAACUUGAAAUACUUCAUCAAAUCUACAUACAAAAUGCAUAUCCAUCUAUUGAUAUUCUCCAACAAUUAUCUGAACAACUAAAAGUAUCUGUUGAUAAAAUUCGUCAAUGGUUUAAAAAUCGACGUCAUAGUGAUAAACGAAAGAAGCAAAAAUCAAAUCCACGAAUAUAA